AGAUCAUCAAGACACCAUAGUUUCUAAGUUCUUGGGACUCCUAGUCCUAUACAUUCUAACUCAGUUGGUGAUUCGUUUUGGCGAUGAGUAACCAAGGUCGAUAUCCGCCGGGGAUCGGCGGUGGAGGUGGUGGGCGUGGAGGAAAUAUGGCUGGAAACUCUAAUUUUCAGCCGAGAAAUGUCCAGCAGCAAUAUGUUCCGAGGGGAGAUCGAACGCCAAGCCACCAACAGUUCCAGAAUCAACAGCAGUGGUUGAGGAGGAGCCAGUUGACGGCAGAUCCCAACGUCGUUGAAGUCGAAAAAACUGUGCAGUCGGAAACUGUUGAGUCAAGUUCUCAAGAUUGGAAGGCUCGACUAAACCUUCCAUCUCCAGAUACUCGGUACAGAACUGAGGAUGUGACAGCUACCAAAGGAAAUGAAUUUGAGGACUAUUUUCUAAAACGUGAGCUUCUAAUGGGAAUCUAUGAGAAGGGGUUUGAAAGACCAUCUCCUAUUCAAGAGGAAAGCAUCCCCAUUGCUCUAACUGGAAUUGAUAUCCUUGCUAGAGCUAAAAAUGGAACUGGGAAAACAGCUGCCUUUUGCAUUCCUGCCUUGGAGAAGAUUGAUCCUGAUAAUAAUGUCAUUCAAGUUGUCAUACUUGUUCCAACAAGAGAGCUAGCCUUGCAGACAUCUCAAGUUUGUAAAGAGCUUGGGAAACAUUUGAAAAUUCAAGUCAUGGUUUCAACAGGAGGAACUAGCUUAAAAGACGAUAUUAUGCGCUUAUACCAACCAGUUCACCUGCUAGUUGGAACUCCAGGAAGAAUAUUGGAUCUUGCAAAGAAGGGUAUCUGUGUUUUAAAAGAUUGCUCAAUGCUUAUCAUGGACGAGGCAGAUAAGCUUUUAUCUCCGGAGUUUCAACCUUCAUUGGAGCAUCUUAUAAGUUUCUUACCUGCAAAUAGGCAAGUACUGAUGUUUUCAGCUACAUUUCCUGUUACUGUAAAGGAUUUUAAAGAGAGAUACUUGAGGAAGCCAUAUGUUAUUAACCUCAUGGAUGAACUUACCCUCAAGGGUAUAACACAAUAUUAUGCGUUUGUUGAAGAGAGACAAAAAAUUCACUGCCUCAACACCCUCUUCUCAAAGCUUCAAAUAAACCAGUCCAUCAUUUUCUGCAAUUCAGUGAACCGAGUAGAAUUGUUGGCGAAGAAAAUUACUGAACUUGGGUAUUCCUGCUUCUAUAUUCAUGCUAAGAUGCUUCAAGAUCACCGGAACAGAGUGUUUCAUGAUUUCCGUAAUGGCGCUUGCAGAAAUCUUGUGUGCACUGAUCUCUUUACAAGGGGGAUUGACAUCCAAGCAGUAAAUGUAGUAAUCAAUUUCGACUUCCCUAAGAACGCAGAAACUUAUCUCCAUAGGGUUGGACGAUCGGGGAGGUAUGGGCAUCUAGGCUUAGCCGUGAAUCUUAUAACUUACGAGGACCGGUUCAAUCUGCAUAGGAUUGAACAAGAACUUGGAACUGAGAUUAAGCAAAUCCCUCCUCACAUUGAUCAGACUAUCUACUGCACUUGAAGAACCCAAAAAGGCAGGUUUGGUGCCUUUUUAAAAGUUAUUAUAUAAUAACCCAAAAAGGCUAUAGUUUUGGGUAUGGAAACUAAAAUUGUGUUAUAUAUUAUUAUUGUUAUUGUGAUUGUGAUUGGAGUGGUAAAAUUGUUAAUAGUGGGAAGUGUUAUUGGUAUUUUAGGCAUAGAGAGUUAGAGUGUCGGUGAAGGAAACACAAGUGGGACAAAAGACCAAGAUCUCUCUAUUCUGGGUCAUCUUUUUGACUGCAUUUAUUAUUUUACAUUGAAUUCAGAGUAUGUACAUACUUAACAUCA